AAGCCACCAAAAUUGUGCCUGAGAAACUAAGAGUGAGAAGCAGUGGACUCAGAUAGAGAGAGAGAAAGAAAGAGGGAGAUGGGAGUGACGAAGGAACAAGUUGAAUCUUCACUGACCUCCAAAUUGAAUCCUUCUCAUCUCGAAGUAAUUGAUACAUCUGGAGGAUGUGGUGCGAGCUUUACUAUUGAGAUUGUAUCUGAACAAUUUGAAGGAAAGAGGUUGUUGGAGAGGCAUAGGCUGGUGAAUACUGCUUUGGAAGGAGUGAUGAAAGAAAUCCAUGCACUCUCAAUAAAGAAAGCUGUAACCCCAGAGCAAUGGAAACAACAACAGUCAUCUACAUCUGCUGUUUGAACAUGCUUACUUUUCAAAUAAUUCAAACACUUUAAAAUGGUAUAUUCUGUAGCAUUAUGAUAGUAUAUGUUGCUAAAUGUGUUCAAUCAGCUGAUGCGCACUAAUAUACUAUGGUUUUUACUGGUUUUCCAAAAUGUGCAUUUAAGUCGUCGUACUGUAACACAAAGGAAUUAUUCUACUUACAUUAAUAUUUAUUCGGUCAUUAUAUA